AUGCCUAUGGUUACCGUGAAGUAUAAUUUUCAGCCUUUCAAAUGCAAAAUUUCAUUGAAUUCUACAUUAAACGAUGUAUUGUGCCAAUCUUUGCAAUUUUUUCAACUGCCUACCUCACCCAACGACUGGGCAUUGACGCAUUCGAAUAAACCAGUGCCAUUGGAUUUACCAUGGAGAUUUUUGAAUCUGCCAAUGGGUGUCAAUUUAGAAUUAUCUAAAAGUACUGACUUUUCGGUGGCAAAUAAGGUCAGCCACGAAAAUAUGCCCUCCAAGACAAUCAAGAUACGGUUUCAAAUCCCAGGAAGAGACUCAAUAGUUAAAGAAGUACCAUUGAACCAACCGAUAGCCCCAAUCUUAGAAACUAUAUGUGGCGCUGCAGAAAAUGAUUUCAAGAUUCAAGUUUUUUCCAAGAUAAUAGAAUACAAAACCAUUCAACACGAUAAUUUGACUCUUGAAAAAUUAGGGAUCCAAGAACCUUCCUCGAUUAGAUUGCUUCCUGCUAACCUAUCGUCAUCUAAGGGGGAUAGCGAUAAUGCCUGUACUCCCCUCAAACAAACUUCUCCUGCAAUGAAAAGCCCGGAAGCGGUUAGCACAUUGCCACCUCAUGUACUUCAUAAACCCUCCGUAUUUUUACCUUCAAACCAGCCACUAGCAACUAUCAAGGACCAAAUUGAAGACGAGGAGGACUACGAGUUAACAAUAGAACAAGCAAAAAGGUACCAGAAGAUGCUAUCGAUGAAGGCUGGUACACUCGGUGGUCCCAUCUUAACAAAAAGACUUAGAGAUCAAUUAUCCAAUAGCUCAUCAAAGAAAAAUAAGGCCAUAUCUGAAUGUUUGCUAAGAGUCAAAUUUCCUGAUAGAAGCCACAUCGAAAUAGCAUUUAAGCCCAGUGAGGAUAUGCGUACAGUUUAUAACGUCGUAUCGCAGUUCUUGAUCGAUGAGAAAAUGGAUUUCACUUUAAACCAAUCACAUCCUUUCAAACCCUUGGCCAAAGAUGAUCAGAAACUACUCGAUGACUUGGAGUUUGGUUCUAAAACAAUGCUUCUUUUUGAAACAGAAACAAAAUUUACUGGCCCACUAAUAAAGGCUCAUCUUUUGAAAGAUGCACAAAAAAUCACACACCAGGCAAGGACAAACCCACCAGCUAGUACGACAGAUAAUUUUAAUUUACAGGACCUUUCUGAGAACGUUUCAAAAUCCAAAAAGACUUUGAAUAAAGUUCCUAGAUGGAUGAAACUGAGUAAAAAAUAA